AUGAAGACAAGAACCACAAGAAGUGCUGCCUACCAUCAAUAUGAAUGGUUCAGUCCAGCAUCCCUACCUCCCGCACUUGCCUUUCUUCAGGAUGUUAGCUUGCAAGAGUUGACAAAGAUUGCGAUGAAGCGUGUACUAACACUCACUGUGGGCAUCUCCGAGAGGGUUAUUCGAGGCUUCUAUAGAGCCAUCAAUAAUUCUCUACCCCGGAGUGUCAAUGUGUAUCCACAAAAGUCAGAAUAUUGUCGUAUUGGUGACGCCGACGAGUUGGAAGCCUGCUUCAAAACCAGUGAGGCUAAACCAUCGAGAAUUCACGCGGUUCUCAAUAGGCCUACUGCACUGCUUAGGCGGGCUGCUCACAGGCCACAAACUCCCUCUCUCAAUAGGUAG